GCGAAAUUGACAAACAAGUUUCUAACGCUACAUAUUUAUACAACAAAAGUUCUUUAUCUCAAUAAUUACUUAAGCCCCCGAAACAAAGUGUAUGAAUUAGCCAUGUCGGAAGUGGAUUUGGCCGAGAGAUACAAGGCUGCGAUGGUGUUAAGUGGUGUUGGUGAUGCACUGGGUUAUAAGAAUGGUUCGUGGGAGUUCUGUCACAGUGGUGCUGCCAUUCAUCAGGAAUUACAACAUCUUGGUGGGCUGGAAAAGAUUGACAUCAAAGGAUGGAGAGUAAGCGACGAUACAGUGCUGCACAUAGCAACCGGCGAAGCUCUGGUCUCCGAUUGGUCAACAACCGAGCAAUUGUUCUGUACAAUGGCCGCAAAUUACAAGAAGACGUGUGAUGAGGAUAUGUGGGAUAGAGCACCAGGCCUGACCACGACUAGUGCAGUUUUCACAUUGAAACCCUCGCGUCCGCAAGGUUAUGUGAUACCAUUCAACCCUCGUGGGGGAGGAUGUGGUGCUGCCAUGAGGGCAAUGUGCAUUGGGUUGAUGUUUCCACAAGAAAAUCAAGAAGAAAUGCUGAUCGAAGUUGCUGUGGAAAGUGGAAGAAUGACACACAACCAUCCUACUGGUUUUCUUGGCUCAGUUGCAACAGCUUUGAUGACGGCGUAUUCCAUUCAGAGAAAACCGCUGGUGAGCUGGGGUGCUUCGUUACUUAACACUCUUCCAAAGGUAUGGGCCUACAUCGUGAAAGUUAACCGGGAUGUUGAAGAGAAUAAAAAUGCUUGGGAUUAUUUCACCAGCAAAUGGAAGAACUAUCUUGAGUUGCGAGGAUUAACCGACGGCAAAGCCGAACCAAAAUUCCCAGAAAAAUACGGCAUUCCGGAACGUGAUGCGUUUUAUAAAUCUGUUAGCUAUUCUGGCUGGGGUGGAGCAAGCGGACAUGAUGCUCCAAUGAUUGCAUACGAUGCGCUCUUGAGAGCAAGAGAUUCCUGGUAUGAGUUGUGUUCAGGCUCCAUGUUCCAUGGUGGGGACAGCGAUAGCACAGGGGUUAUGGCUGCUGCCUGGUGGGGGGGAUUGUAUGGUUUGAAAGGGGUACCCCUCUGUAAUUACAAAAAUUUAGAGUACCGCAAAAGACUUGAGGAACUUGCCGACAAGUUGUUGAAACGAGCCAAACCAGAAUGAUACAACUUGCAUGAUAUGAAAGCCUAGAUAUCUUAGUCACAAUAUGACAAAUGAAAAACAUAAAAAUAUGUUAGACAUGCUGCAAGUAUGAUUUUCCUAUGUUCAGCAAUUUCAUCCUGUUAGAAACAGUAAAUAAAUGCACCAUGUUAGAUGACUGUAUGAGCAACUUUAUAAACAGACAUUGAUUGAUUAGUAUUG